AUAUCCUUAUAAAUAUUUUGGUGUGCAUUCUUACUUAUUAAAAGUAGCUCAAUUAUUUUUAAUUUAAACUACUAAUUUUUUUGGCGGCAUUAAUUAUUUUUAAAAAAUAUUUAUAUAAAUUUUAAUAUUUAAAAGGAUAAUUACUAAAAAAGGCUCUGAAAAAAAAGAAGAAGAAAGCCUCAUGUUUUCGUUUCUCUUCCCUCCGCUUCCCCUUCCCCUUCUUCGUCCGUCUCCGCGGCCAAUGUGACGUCCUUCCAUUUCUCUUGCGCGAUAUGCCUCUCUGGAAAACCCGCUGCUCCUCCUCCUCCUCUUCUUCUGCUUUACCAUUCGAGAAGCAUCUCAAGUCCAUGCUCUACUCCUCCUCCUCCCUCUCCUUUUAUUACUCCCACCCUCUCCCCAAAACCCUCCACCGCCGCUCCUUCCGAACCCUAGCCUCCGCCCCCCCUCUCUUCUCCUCCUCCGCCGCCGCCUGCCGCCCCUUCAUCCUCUCCGCCCUCCUCCACCGGCCGCGCCCGCACCGCCUCCCCCGUCUCCUCUUCCUCGCUUCCUUCCACCCCGCCCCGAGGGCCUUCUCCUCGGCCUCCUCCGGCCAGGAGCUCGAGUGGCGCGAGGGCCACCACCUCCAUCAGCCGCCGCAGGAGAAUCACUUGCUCUCACCAUCGGCGCCGUCCUGCUUCGAUGAUGACGAUAAUGGCGGCUACCGGGACCACCUCCUCGAGCUCCAGCAGGAGAAGCAGAGCCGCUUCAUCCCCGUCAAGGCCUACUUCCUCUGCACCAGUAUUGAUUUGAGAAACCUGCAGUCUCAGAAUGCUCUCAAUGUCAUCCCCCCGAACUCUCGCGCCACCAACUAUGUGGUUCUCCGAUACUACGAUGUUAAGGGCGAUCCUCAAGGUCUGGAAGUUGCUUUUGGAAAUGAGAGUAAUUGCCAUUAUAUGGUAGUUUUUCAGUAUGGUUCAGUUGUGUUGUUUAAUGUUUCUGAUCAUGAGGCUGAUGGGUAUCUGAAGAUUGUUGAGAAACAUGCAUCAGGUUUGCUGCCAGAGAUGAGAAAGGAUGAUUAUGCGGUAGUGGAAAAACCAACUCUAGAGACGUGGAUGCAAGGUGGGCUUGACUACAUAAUGCUUAAGAAUCUGAGCAUAGAUGGUAUUCGCACCAUUGGAAGUGUUCUUGGUCAAAGUAUUGCUCUAGAAUACUAUAUUCGGCAAGUUGAUGGAAUGGUAGCAGAAUUUACAGAUAUCAACCGUGAGAUGGAGAAAACUGGUACUUUUACCAUGAAGAGGAAAAAACUUUUUCAGUUGGUUGGGAAGGCAAACUCUAACUUAGCAGAUGUUAUUCUAAAACUCGGGCUUUUCGAGAGGUCUGAUAUUGCUUGGAAGAAUGCAAAUUAUGCCCAGAUAUGGGAAUAUCUUCGGGAUGAGUAUGAGCUUACCCAGAGAUUCGGAAGCCUGGAUUUCAAAUUGAAGUUUGUUGAGCACAACAUUCGCUUCCUCCAGGAAAUUCUUCAGAAUAGGAAAUCCGUUUUCUUAGAAUGGUUAAUCAUUAUUUUGAUUAGUGUGGAGAUCCUGAUUUCUAUCUAUAACAUUGCUCGUCGUUCGCUAUGAUACAAAAGCCUUCCAAUAACAUUAUAAAAUAAAUGGUGAUAGAAAUUUAAAUUUCUUGUGUUCCUUGGUUUCAUAUCUCCUGACUACUUAAAAUUUAUCAGAAAAGGGGCUUUAUCUUGGUUCUUU